AUGGCUUUUUUACAUCCAUGCAGUUGUGGGUGUGUAAAAUCAGAACUAGAUUUAUUUGCAAUACCAACUACUCAAACCAGCGUCGAAAAUGGGCAAUGGAUACAUUACAACACACUCAACAGCAUCAGUGACGAAGGACUUUUGGAAUUUGUGAUAAACACUGCUGAUGAGUAUAUUGAUCUGUCACAUACAUUGUUCGCUUUAAAUGCGAAGCUUGUUAAAGAAGAUGGCGCAAAUUUUAUUGCUACUGAUAAAAUUGUGCCCGUUAACAAUAUUUUACACUCGUUAUUUAGUCGGGUGGAUGUUUAUUUAAACCAAAAAUUAAUUUCACCACCGAACAAUACAUACGUCUAUAAGUCCUACAUUGAAACGUUGUUAAAUUACUGCCCUGCGGCUAAAAAUUCUCACUUAACAUGCGGCCUGUGGUACCCGGAUACAGCCGGUUCUAGGGAUAGCGUAGAAGAUGCUAAUGCUGGGUGCAAGAAUCGCCUCGUAUUUAUUAAAGAAAACAAAGAAUUCGAUCUAAUCGGACAUCUCAAUUGCGAUCUGUUUAAGCAAAAUAAAUUUUUAAUCAACGGAGUAGAAUUACGAAUAAAACUGGUUCGUUCAAGAAAUCAAGGGGGCGGACGGCGAGCGGUCAGCGGGCGGGCGGCGGGCGAGCGGCAGAGGGGCGGCGGACGGGCGGCGGCGGACGAACGACGCGGACAGCGGCGCGGGUGGUGGGAGAACGGCGCGGACAUCCUUAUGAUCCCUUUUUUCUUAUUAAUACAUUUUUUUUAA